AUGUCCGCUACUACGAGCAUUGUCUCUCACGGCGAAGUUGACGCCUUGGCCAGGGAGACAUAUGGGCAAGGUCCGAUCGUCCUGCGCAUUGGCAACGGUGGCGCCGGCGCCGUUGGUCUCAUUGCCGCUCUCGCAAACGACUAUCUUGCUGUUUACCACGAGCCUGGCCAAGCUUCGAUAACCUGGGUAUGCAAUCAUUCGCGGAAUACUCAAUUGGCUCUUCUUCAGCACCACAUCGAUAUUGCUUUGACAUACGAGCGAGACCAGGAGCAGCUUGCUGAGUCAGAAGGAUGGUCGAAGACCAUUGGGUGCAUUUUUCACGACCAUUUCGUUCUGGCUGGGCCGGUCAACGACCCUGCUGGCGUCAUGCAGCAGAAUGGAAGUCUCGAGCAGGCGCUUCAAACCAUCGCGAAAACGCGGUCGUUGUUUCACAGCCGUGCGGACUCUUCAGCCACUAUGUUCAAGGAGCGCAGCAGAUGGGUAGCAGCUGGUUUGGGACCUUGGAAGGACUCUACCGACGAGGCAUGGUAUAAGCAAAGUCUGCAUUCUCCUGCUGGAGCUGUCAUUGAGGCCGGCAAAGCUGGUGCAUAUCUUAUCACAGAUCGCUCCACACUGCUUCAUCAGACUCAGCUUGGAGUUGUAAGUGACAUGACGGUGUUCUACGAGCCGCAGAGCGAGACCGAUGUACUCAUGAACAGCUGCUUCGCACUUGUCGGCACUACUUUAGCGAAGGGAGAUGCUUCGCCAGAAGAGCGUGACCGCUUCGUGCAGUACAUGCAAUCAGACCGUGGACAGGAUCUGAUCCGACGGUUUGGACAGGUCGAGGAAGGCGAUGUGGAGUGCUUUGCCAGAGUCCAGGAUGGCUUUGCUCGCAACAAGAUGAGGGGUGGUCAAGGUGUGGAUCGUCGAUGGCGAGUGUCCGAGUAG